UAAAAUUGCAUGAACCAAACAUGAUUGAGCUACGAGACUUUCAAUAGCCCCUGCCUUCGCAGCUAGCGCGACUAAAUGCCCACUCCGCGCGCAGGGGCCUCAGGGUCCUCAGAUGACCCUUUUCAACUACGUGGAAAUGCACCGGUCUCGGUUGUGCGCGCGGCCAAAGCGUCGCUGAAGGAGCCAACGCGCCCGGUGACCCCAGCGGACUACGGUCGUCAGCUGUUCUCCUCCGGCGACCCCAGCAACCGGCCUUCCACCUCUUACUCUGUGUCUGGAAGCAAAGCGUUCUACCAGGAUGGCGCGGGCCCCAAGCUGGCGCUGCCGAAGCUGGAAACGGGGAGGCUGGACACGUCCGGCGGCGGUGCGCUGCGGAAGGCGCCAUCCGGCGCAGAGCGGGAGCCCUCACGGCUCGGGCCCAGCCCGCUGCCGGGGCUGGAGGCCACGCUGGCGCCGGGGGGCGGCCGCGCCGGGCGGCAGACGGCGGCGGAGACGGUGGCCAGCCUCAAGGCCAACAUGGGCAUGAGCGGCGGCGGUGUGGAGGGAGACUUCAGCUUCCCGCGACCCAGCGCCGGCUCCGCCUCCCACCCGCACCCGCACGCGCCGCCCGACCCCACCGCCGCCGCGGGCGGCCGCGCCGCCUCGCUCACACUGCCCCCCGCCAGCGGCUUCGCCUCUCCCUCCGGCCCCGGCCCCGGCGCCUCCUCCUCCUCCUCCUCUACCCACCACCACACCACCACGUCCACCUCCACCCUGGCGCCCGAGUACAGCUACAGCGGCUACGGCGGCUACGGCGGCCUGGAUGCCCCCGGCGGCGGCGGCGGCGAGGGCCCGCUGCUAGACCCGCGGCGCAAUGACGACCUGCCGCCGCGGCCGGGCACCAGCCGCGGGCGGCCGGGCAGUGCGGCGCUGAGCGACAUGGACCCCAUCACGGAGCGGUACGCGGGACCGCCGCCCGGCGUGCAGGACCUGGGCAACGGGGCGCAGGUCCUGGACAUGGCGGCAUUCGCGCAGUACUCGGACGACGACGAAAACGAUUACGCCGGCCACCACCACCACCCCAAACAGCACUCGCACCACCACCACCAGCAACACCAGCAACAGCACGGCGCGGCGGCGGCGGCGGCGGCACCGGCAGCCGCGGCACCAGCAGCGCACCACCGCUCCGCAGCCGCCUCAGCCUCCGCCGCCCCUGCGGCCAUGGCCUCCCCCAGCCGCGGCGGCUCGGGCUCGGGCUCCGGCGCCCCAACCACCGCACCCAUCUCCGCCGCACCCACCUCCACCACCACCACAACGGAGGGAUCCAGCGAGGAGUUCGCGGCCUGGCGCGCCUCCAUCGAGGCCGUCCUCUCCGAGCUCUCCGCCGCCAUCAGCAGCAAGGCCGCCACCUCGGUGCUGUGUGCUGCCGCCGGGCGGCUGGUGGGGCUGGUGGAGGAGGUGCGGCGGCGCGAGCACUCGAGCGCCUGGCUCAACAGCGCCUGCAGCGCCGGCAGCGGCUUCCGGGACGCGGGCGGGGUGGCGCUGACGCUGCGCGAGGCGGUGAGCGAGCACGUGUUCCGACUCAUGGACAGCGGCAGUGCGGAGCUGCUCAUGAAGGCCUGCGCGGUGGUGCUGCGUGUGGUGAAGAGCCGGCAGCCGCUGCUGCAGACCGCCAAGCUGCUAUACCGGCUGAGCAAGGACGGCGGCAACGACGGCCUGUUCCGGCGCGAGGGGCUGCUGGAGCCGCUGGUGCACACCGGGCACAUCAUGGUGGCCAGCGCGCGCGGCAGCAGCAACCCAGCAAACAUGCACGAGCCCCUGGUGUACAUGAACGGCUGCCUGAAGAACAUCUCCAGCGAGCCCUCCAACCAGAAGGCGCUGGUCAAGCUGGGCGGCCUGCACGUGCUGGCGGCGCUGCUGCAGCAGCUGGCGGAGCAGGCCAAGUCGGGUGAUGAGGCCCUGGCGGAGUCGUGCGGCCAGGUGGCGGUGCAGGCCAGCGGCGUGCUGAGGAACCUGGCGGUGCCGGCGCAGAACGCGCCGGCCUUCCUGGCUGCGGGCGUGCUUCCCGCGCUGCGCGCCGCCGUGAGCUGCCUGAGCGGGCAGGUUGAGGUGGUGCUCAACGCCGGCCGCAUCCUGUCCAAACUCACGCUGCACGACGGCUGCCAGGACGCCAUCGCGGCAGACCCCGGCUAUGCGCCGCUGCUGGUGUGCAACGUGCCGUUCGCGCUGGUGACGGUGGUGGGCAUCCUGCAGCGCUACGCCUACGGCGGAGGGCCGCAGCCCGAGGGCGGUGCAGCCGCAGGCGGCAGCGCGGCGGCGGACAGGCUGUCCAAGGCCGCCAGCCACGAGGACUGCCUGGUCAAGGUGCUGCGCCUGGCCGCCAACCUGGCCAUCUGGCCCGACGCCGGCCGCACGCUGGCGGAGGAGGAGCAUGUGGCGGGGGCGCUGCUGGCGCUGCUGGAGCGAUACAGCUUCGAGGCGGCCGAGGAGCUGGUGCUCAACACCGUGUGCGCCCUCACCAACCUGUCCUUCUACCAGAGCGAGCAGCAGCCGGGCGGCUUCACAAACAGGGUGCUGCUGCUGCCUCCCCCCCGGCUGCUGCCGCGCAUCACGCCGCUGCUGCUGUGCGACAACGAGGAGGCGGUGGUGGAGGCGGCGCGGGUGUACGGCAACUUCUCGCGCAGCGCGGACGUGCGCGACUACAUGCAGGCCACGCGGGUGGUUGAGGCGCUGGUGCUGCUGCUGGACCACAGCAACGCCGAAGUGCUGUACAGCGUGUGCGGCACGCUGAUCAACUUCACCAUGGACGGCAGCCGCCGGGACGUGCUGGGCGGCCUGGGCGGCGUGUCGCGGUUGGUGGAGGUGCUGGGGCGCACCAUGGCGCAGGGGGAGCUGGGUGAGCGCGAGGAGGCCAUCGUGGAGGUGGUGUGCAAGGCGCUCUUCAACGUGGCGUCAGCGGACGAAGGGCCGGCGGCGGGUGCGGGAGCGGGGGCGGCAGGAGGGGAGGGGAGAGGUGGCGCGGGGGCGGGGGCGGGGGGUGCGGAGGGGAGAGGGGGUGGGGAGGGUGGCGGGGCGGGGGCGGGCUGCAGCUUCCGGCACGAGGAGGUGGUGGAGGUGCUGGGGCUGCUGGAGGUGCUGGAGGCCAGCUCGCUGGGGGAGGCGGCGGAGCUGGGCGCCGUGCUGGGCCGGCUGGGGGGCCAGAUGCGGCGGCUGCAGGCGCGGCUGUCCCUGGAGGAGCUGGAGGCGUUGCCGGAGUAGGGGCCCUUGCUUAGGGAAUUCAGGGGUGGGAGGGGGGCCAGCCGUCUGUGAAAGACGGAGUGAUUAGGGGGAGGAUGGGCUGCGGUGUACAGUGUAGGCCAGCUUGGGAGAAGGUGAAGGAGGUUUGGGCGGGCUCGGGCGGAAGCCGCGCGUGUGAGCCUUAGUCCUGUACAUUUCCGUGUCACGUGGCGGAGGUCUGACUUGACGGGACGGGGGUGACAGUGGGUUGAGGCGGGUGGAUGGGAUGAGCUCUGGCAUGCGAGCGGCGGGUAGGCAGGUGUACAGACACGCGGCUGCUGUGUGGGGGUGUGGCGAAUUAUGAGCACAGCACAUGAUUGGAGUGGACUUGUGCGGCUGGGUAGCAUUGCUUGCUCAGGUAAUUCAUUCACGGCAAACGACCCGCAUCAGCCUGCAGUGCCGCCGCGCUGCCCGUACGUCGGCCUUGCCAUGUGUGUUAGCUAUGUCUGUGAAGGGCUAGCUGAAGUGAGCUGAACGGUGUUCGGGACUGCGGGGGACUGUUGUGCAGCACAGCCUCGCAGCAUUCCACUA